UUAGAAAAAAGAAAGGUCAAGGCAAUUACCAUUAAGCAUGGGAGAAGACAGAACCCUAAAACUACAAUUUGGCGCUAGAUUUCAAAACCACACAAGAAAUCCUUACCCACUGUUUUUGUUUCCCAAAUUCAAAACCCUCUUAAUUGUUACCUCGCGUUGCCUUAUACUCUUCUUUCUUUUUCAUAAUUUUUGUUCCCCAAGUUUUACCCCUUUUGCUAAAUAAAUAGUUUCUUUUUUUUCUCCCUGCACGAAUCGAUUUCUCGAUCUCCGUCCUUUGGCCAUGGUACGGGGUAUAAAGCGGCCAAUACAGGAGACAUCGCUUGAAAUAUCGAUGGAAUUGCCUGAAACCGACGGCAAUCACCCGGAAUUUUGUGGGUCCGAGGAGGCAAAUGGGGACGGCGAUGUUCUGCAACAGAGAAAGGAGGAAGUGACGGAGAAGGUCGGAUGUAGAAGGUUGGGGAAGAAGCAAGGUAGAAAGCCAAAGAAAAAGGAGGAAACGUUGCAGGUUCAGGAGGCUGAGCGUGAAACUGGUAAACAGAGCGGUGAAAAAGUGGAAAAGCUUGAAGUGGAAAGCCCAGAGAACGGUCAGGCGAUGGAAGAGAAAUGUGAAGAUGAAGGGGCUGGUGCUGAGCAUAUUCGAAGAAGGGGUAGAAAGAAAGGAAGCAGAACUGGGGGAAAAGUUACUCGCUUAAAGAAGGGACAGAAUGGUUUUGUGUCUGAGAAAGGUAAAGCAUGUGGUGAGGAAUUGCAGGAAAGUACUGGAAAAGACGAGGAAGAUGGAAAAGAUGAGGAAAAUGGAAAAGAUGAUGAAAAUGGAAAAGAUGGUCUAAAGGGGAAGAAAAAAGUGAUAUUUACUGAGAAUCAAGAAGACAAAGAGCUAGAGAACGAAAUGGAAGGAAAAAUAGAUGGGACAAAUGAAGUAAUUCUGAAAUGGGAGGACAGAGUUUCUCUGGAGGACGAUGAGGGUGUAAAUCCUGAGAAGAGGGGAACUGAUUUGGGAAAUCAGGGGAUGGAUACUGAGAAAGGAAAAGAGAAUGUUGGUUCUGUGGAAGUGAGAGGAAAUUCUUACUGGAAGAGACUGAGAGCUAAUGACACAAAGGUUAGUUAUGCUGAGAGCAGUGAAGACGAUGAAGAGGUUUUAACCAGUAAGAAGCCUGGUAGAAAGGGGAGGAAAAGAACUAAAGUCAGAGGAAAAGAAGGUUCAGAAAUGGAGGUAGUUGAUGAAAAUGGAUGUUUGGCUGAAGGAAAUGGAAAGGAGGUGAAUGAAAGAUGGCGAAAAAAGAACAAUAAAGAGAAGGAUGAUGGUGAAUGGGAAUCUCUGAACAGUUGCAUAGGUUAUUCUUUGUGCGAUAGACAAGUGUUUCAGCAAGAUGUGAAGGACGUUAAAAUGAACAAGUACAGUGAAGAGUAUACUGCCAAGAUUUGCUUAAUGUGCCAUCAGUGCCAGAGGAAUGAUAAAGGUGCGGUUGUUCGGUGCCAGAAAUGCAAUAGGAAGCGUUAUUGUGACCCCUGCUUGAAGAACUGGUAUCCUAAGAUGACAAAGGAUGAAGUUGCUGAUGCUUGUCCAGUUUGUCGUGGAAAUUGCAAUUGUAAAGCUUGCUUGCGUGAUACUCCCAAUGAAGGGCUGAAUAAACUAAAAAAAUUGGUUGUCACUGAUGAUAGAAAAGUAUUGCAUUCAAAGUAUUUGCUCCAAACUCUUCUCCCAUACCUGAAACAGUUAAAUGAAGAACAAAUGAUGGAGAGAAAGAUUGAAGCUAGGACACAAGGUGUAUCACUUGCAGAGUUAGAGAUAGAAAAUGCUUAUUGUCCAGAGGAUGAACGCAUGUAUUGUGACAACUGUAGAACCUCUAUCUUUGAUUAUCAUAGAAGCUGUUCAAACUGCUAUUCUGAUCUCUGCCUUAUCUGCUGCCGGGAGAUUUGUGAUGGGCACCUACAGGGUGGUGGAGAGGAGGUGGUUAUGGAGUAUAUUAACAGAGGGUUUGGAUAUUUGCAUGGUGAAGACAGCAAAGUUAUUUUACCAUAUGAGCUGCCGCCUGGAAGUAGCUCUAAGGAUUCUCUGACGUCGAGUGUUGGAUGGAAAGCAAAUGAAGAUGGAAGGAUUGUUUGUCGUUGUGGUCUUGGCUAUCUAGACCUGAAAUGUUUGUUCCCAGGAAAUUGGGUUUCAGAGUUAGUAAUGAGAGCAGAAGAUGUUGCACAGAGAUAUGAAAUUAACACGGCUAAAACUCCUGUUGAACGAUGUGUAUGUUUUGAUUCCUCGGGAGAUAUUGACAUAGCAAGUAAUCAGUUGCUAAAAGCAGCUUCUCGAGAGGAUUCUGAUGACAAUUACUUGUAUUGUCCAAGGGCUAGUGAUAUCAAAGAGGAGGAUUUGAAGCAUUUUCAAUACCACUGGAUGAGAGCUGAGCCUGUGGUAGUUAGCAAUGUUCUAGAAACUGGAACUGGCUUAAGCUGGGAGCCAAUGGUCAUGUGGCGUGCCUUCCGCCAGAUAAAAAAUGAAAAACAUGACACACUUUUAGAUGUGAAGGCCAUUGACUGUUUGGAUUGGUGUGAGGUAGAUAUUAAUGUCCGUCAAUUCUUUCUGGGAUACAUGAAAGGUCGCUUUGACAGGCAAGACUGGCCUCAGAUAUUGAAAUUGAAAGACUGGCCUCCUUCUACUAUGUUUGAUAAACAUUUGCCACGACAUGAUGCUGAAUUUACAUAUUGUUUGCCCUUUAAGGAGUAUACGCAUCCUCAUGAUGGACCUUUGAACCUUGCUGUCCGAUUACCUAAGAAUACUUUGAAGCCAGAUAUGGGGCCAAAGACAUAUAUUGCUUAUGGCUGUGAUCAAGAGCUUGGGCGUGGAGAUUCUGUAACUAAGCUUCAUUGUGACAUGUCUGAUGCGGUGAAUGUUAUAACACAUACAGCUGAAGUGACCAUUGAUGCUGCCAAACUUGCCAAGAUAGAAGAAUUGAAAAAAUUACACAGAGAACAAGACCAAAGAGAAAUGUUUGAAGACAAACAGGUUGAAGAGGAGGAUGUUGAUGGUGAAAUGCAUGGUAGAUGUGCUGAGAGUAGUGGACUCUCAAAUUGUGAAAAUGUGUCAGUGCAGCUAGAUGAGGGAGGUGCUGUUUGGGAUAUUUUCCGAAGAGAAGAUGUUCCUAAGUUGCAGGAAUAUCUUAACAAGCACUUCAAAGAAUUUAGGCACAUUUAUUGUUGCCCAGUGCAGAAGGUUGUUCAUCCUAUACACGAUCAGACCUUUUAUCUGUCUCUAGAGCAUAAGAGGAAGUUGAAAGAGGAAUAUGGUAUUGAGCCAUGGACAUUCGUCCAGAAACUUGGAGAUGCAGUCCUUAUUCCUGCAGGUUGUCCUCAUCAAGUGAGAAACUUGAAGUCAUGUAUAAAGGUAGCAUUGGACUUCGUUUCACCAGAAAAUGUUGGUGAGUGUGUUCGUUUGACGGAGGAAUUCCGUUUACUUCCCCCAAAUCAUCGGGCUAAGGAAGACAAGUUGGAGGUGAAGAAAAUGUUUCUUCAUUCUAUAAAUUGGGCAGUGGAAGUUUUGGAGGAUGCUGGAGAGCCCAAUGGAACUGAGGAAGAUGAGAAAAAGACAACUGCAAGGAAACAGAAAAGGAAGAAGCGAAAAUCUUUGCGCUGAUGCACAUGCUUGUGACGUUACCUAUGCCUUUCCGCAGCAUUGUGGAGAGAGAGUAUUAUACACGUGCCACUAGAAACUCAUCCGACAAGCAAUUGUUCCACGGGUACAUUUGUCUUAUUUUUGUUUUGUGUAUGUAAAUCAUGUCUGAUAGAUCAUCUCAUCUCGGAUGAAUUUUGUGCAGUCGAAAGUGGGUUAUGGGACAUAAUAUGUUUAAUUACAUAAAUGAGAAAUUAGUGCUACCAUCA